AAAGGAAGAUAUAUAAAGUUUAUAUGACAAUUACCCCCAGCUGUGAAAUCUAGUCCACUGCAGAACUUGAGCACUUAUCAACAACAAAAGAUAUGUGGAAGCUGAAGAUUGCAGAGGGCAGAGGACCCUAUUUGUUUAGUACCAACAACUUUGUAGGCAGACAAAUUUGGGAAUAUGAACCUGAUGCAGGAACUCCGGAAGAGCGAGGAGAGGUUGAAAAUGCUCGAGAGCGUUUUAGCAAAAACUGCAGUGUUAACGGAGUUCACCCCUGCGGUGAUCUGCUUAUGAGAAUGCAGCUUAUUAAGGAGAGUGGAAUCGAUGUUUUGAGCCUACCACCACUCAGACUGGGAGAAAAUGAGGAGGCAAACUAUGAGGCAACCACCAGGGCUGUGAAGAAAGCUCUUAGGUUAAAUCGUGCUAUCCAAGCACAUGACGGUCACUGGCCGGCUGAAAAUGCAGGACCCCUGUUCUUUACACCACCCCUCAUCAUUGCUUUGUACAUCAGUGGAUCAAUUAACACAGUUCUUACUCAAGAACACAUAAAGGAGAUGAUUCGUUAUAUGUACAAUCACCAAAAUAAAGAUGGAGGGUGGGGUUUCUAUAUCGAGGGUCAUAGCACUAUGAUUGGCACGGCGCUCAGCUAUGUUGCAUUAAGGUUACUUGGGGAAGGACCGAGUGGCGGUAAUGGUGCAGUUGAGAGAGCAAGAAAAUGGAUCUUAGAUCAUGGCGGUGCUUCUUCUAUACCCUCCUGGGGGAAGGCCUAUCUCUCGGUUCUUGGAGUGUAUGAGUGGGAAGGGUGUAACCCGUUACCUCCAGAGUUUUGGCUGUUCCCCACAUCGUUUCCUUUUCAUCCAGCGAAUAUGUUCGUCUACUGCCGCACAACUUACAUGCCAAUGUCCUAUUUGUAUGGAAAAAAAUGUCAUGGACCCAUCACGGGCCUUGUAUUAGAUUUAAGACAAGAAAUAUACCAAAUCUCUUAUGAGGAGAUAAACUGGAACAAACAGCGUCAUAACUGUUGCAAGGAGGAUCUCUACUACCCACAUAGCUUUCUUCAAGAUCUGUUAUGGGAUGGACUUCACUAUCUUAGCGAACCAAUCUUCAAAUACUGGCCUUUCAGCAAAUUACGGAACAGAGGUCUAGAAAGGGUUAUCAAACUGAUGCGUUAUGGAGCAGAAGAGAGCAGAUACAUAACCAGUGGAUGCAUAGAAAAGAGUUUACAAAUGAUGUGCUGGUGGGCAUUGAAUCCUAAUGGCAAUGAGUUCAAACACCACCUUGCUCGAGUUCCGGACUUCCUCUGGCUAGCUGAGGAUGGCAUGAAAUCGCAGAGCUUUGGUAGUCAACUGUGGGACUGUGUUCUUGCAACUCAAGCAAUUAUGGCAACCGGAAUGGUCGAAGAAUACGGAGAUUCUCUUAAAAAGGCGCAUUUCUACAUAAAAGAAUCACAGGUAAAAGAAAAUCUAUCAGGAAAUUUUGUAAGUAUGCAUCGCAAGAUCACUAAAGGAUCAUGGACCUUCUCCGAUCAAGAUCAGGGGUUAGCCGUCUCUGACUGCACGGCAGAAGCACUGAAGUGUCUACUAUCACUCUCCCAGAUGCCGGAGGAGAUUGCAGGAGAGAAGUCUGAUGUUCAAAGACUUUAUGAUGCCAUAGAUUUCCUACUCUCCUUACAAAAUCCUAGAAGCGGUGGUUUUGCUGUUUGGGAGCCACCAGUUCCAAAGCCAUACUUGGAGAUGCUGAAUCCUUCAGAGUUUUUUGCUGACAUUGUUGUGGAGAGGGAGCACGUUGAAUGCACUGCAUCUAUAAUCCAAGCUCUAUUAGCAUUCAAAAAUUUGCAUCAAGGUUACAGAGAGAAAGAAAUAUCUGUUUCUGUGGCUAAAGCGGUGCAAUAUCUUGAAGGAAAACAAUUGCCAGAUGGUUCAUGGUAUGGUUAUUGGGGAAUUUGCUUUCUGUAUGGCACAUAUUUCGCCCUAGCAGGUUUAAUCUCGGCUGGAAAGACAUAUAAUAACAGUGAAGCAAUAAGAAAAGCUGUUCAAUUUUACAUUUCCACACAGAAUGAAGAGGGUGGUUGGGGGGAGAGUCUGGAAUCAUGCCCAACUGAGAAAUUCACACCAUUGCCGGGUAAUCGAACAAAUUUAGUACAAACAUCUUGGGCAAUGCUCGGGCUCAUGCUUGGUGGACAGGCUGCGAGAGAUCCAACCCCAUUACAUAGAGCUGCCAAGUUGCUGAUUAAUGCACAAAUGGAAAAUGGAGACUUUCCGCAACAGGAAAUUACAGGAGUCUACAUGAAAAAUUGUAUGCUACACUAUCCUCAAUACAGAAAUAUAUUUUCAUUAUGGGCACUUGCAGAAUACCGCAAACGUGUUUGGAUGAAUUGAAAUCUUGCUGUCACAUAGAAGAAUAAAUAUUGAGGAUUUGUUAAAGUUCACUAGUAAAAUGCAUGCUAUAGUUCACACACA